CCCUCACACCUCCACCUCCAUCUCCCGAGACAGUAGUCUUACGAUGUUAGCUGGAUUGCAGGAUUCUGAGCAACUAAACGGAGAAUAUCAACAAAUGAUCAAGUGCGUUAAGUCCACAGCAGUGCCAAUACAUACGAGCAAUUAUUGCUAACGUAAUAGGGAGAAUAAAUAUACAUACAUAGCUUUCCACAUUCCAUGCAUCAGCAUCAGCGCCAUCGAGGGGGCAAUGGUGCAUCAGCCCGCGAAGCAGGAUCACGGGGAGGAGGAGCAGGAGGAGGAUCAGCAAUGUCACAGUGCGGCAACUGUCACGACCAGCUGCUGCCCCACCUGGAGGAGCCGGUUGUGAUGGCGCUGGGGCAGCAGUGGCACUGCGACUGCUUCCGCUGCUCCGUAUGCGACAGCCACCUGCACAACUGGUACUUUGAGCGCGAGGGUCUACUGUAUUGUCGCGAUGACUACUAUGCACGCUUCGGUGAUGCCUGUCAGCAGUGCACGGCGGUGAUAACAGGACCCGUGAUGAUAGCCGGGGAGCACAAAUUCCAUCCGGAGUGCUUCUGCUGCACGGCCUGCGGCUCCUUUAUCGGCGAGGGCGAGUCGUAUGCGCUGGUGGAGCGAUCGAAGCUCUACUGCGGCCACUGUUACGGAAAGAGAUCGUGCCAGCCGAUGCCGGCGGAUGCCAAAGCACGGAUAACGACAGCCGGCAAGCCAAUGCAUUCCAUACGCCUCGUAGAGAUACCAAAGGAUGCUACUCCCGGACUCCGUGUGGAUGGGGUGUCCCUGGACGAUGGCUGUCCCUCCGUUCGGAUCACAGAUUUAAUUUGUAAUUUUUAUGGCCGCAUGGGCGAGCACGCCUUCGCGUGGCUGAGCUCCGUGGCGGAUAAUUGCUGUGGUGCAAUCUAUAGGAUCGAUGUGAAUCUGACGAAUCUGCAUAUCGGGGACCGCAUCCUGGAGGUGAAUGGAACACCGGUGAGCGACUCUUCGGUGGAGCAGAUCGACAAGCUGAUACGAAGCAACGAGAAGAUGCUGCAGCUAACGGUGGAGCACGAUCCGGUGCAGGUCUGCCGCUCCUGCAGCCAGGCGGACAUACAGAGAGCCUGCUCCACACUGGUCCUGCCACUUAGUACAUCGGCCUCCAGCGUAGAGGUGGGCGGGCGCGAGCGGGAGCGUCUCUACAAAUCAUCUGGAACUGGGCCCGAGCAGAGUGCCAAGGCGAGGAAGCUGCGCCAGGCCACGAAUGCCACUUCCUCAACAAUGACAACGACAACGACAUCAGCAGCAGCAGUGGCAGUGGCAGUGGCAGCAGAGGCGGCCGGGGCAGGAAUCCACACAACAGCACACAUGGCACAGUUUAAGGAUAAGGAGCGCUGCUCGAGCAUGUCAAAGCUACUGGAUGACCAGCACACGGCCCAACAACACUCCGCCCAUCCGCAGCUGUACGAUCUGUCGCGGACGCAGAGCUGCCGCGUCGUGCAGAAGCCGCAGCGCAUUUUCCGUGCCUCGGAUCUCGUGAUUGGAGAGAAGCUGGGCGAGGGCUUCUUCGGGAAGGUCUUCAAGGUGACGCACCGCCUCAGCGGUGAGGUGAUGGUGCUCAAGGAGCUGCACCGCGCUGACGAGGAGGCACAGCGGAAUUUUAUCAAGGAGGUGGCCGUGCUCCGGCUGCUCGACCACCAGCAUGUGCUCAAGUUCAUCGGAGUGCUCUACAAGGACAAGAAGCUGCACAUGGUCACCGAGUACGUGGCAGGAGGUUGCCUCAAAGAGCUUUUGCACAACUCCAGCGAGUCCCUCAGUUGGCCACAGCGCGUAUGCCUAGCCCGGGACAUUGCCUGCGGCAUGAGUUACCUCCAUUCAAUGAACAUCAUCCACCGGGAUCUUAACUCGAUGAACUGCCUGGUGCGCGAGGAUCGUUCUGUGAUUGUUGCCGACUUUGGUCUCGCCCGGAGUGUGGAUGCACCGCGUCUGCCAUACGGCGGGGCAUCUGGAGCUGUUACUGGAGUUUCUGCUGCUGGAGGCAGCGAUGCCAUGUCGCCGAGCAGCACUCUGAGGCGAAGCAAGAGCCGACAGCGAAGGCAACGCUACACGGUGGUUGGUAAUCCCUAUUGGAUGGCUCCGGAGAUGAUGAAGGGCCUCAAGUACGACGAGAAGGUGGAUGUAUUCUCAUUUGGCAUAAUGCUCUGUGAGAUCAUUGGUCGCGUGGAAGCGGAUCCCGAUUUCAUGCCGAGGAACUCGGACUUUAGCCUUAAUCAGCAGGAGUUCCGCGAGAAGUUCUGCUCCACCUGUCCGGAGGCCUUUUUUAAGGUGGCGUUCGUCUGCUGCGACCUCAAUCCAGAUAUGCGACCCAGUUUCGAAACGCUGCACGUGUGGCUGGAGCAGCUGCGCCACCAUCUGAUCACUGAGCGACUGCCGCCCGUCCGCCUUCUGCACGAGAUCGAGAACUUUCACGAGAACUACCUCAGCUCGGAGGACGCCCUCUCGCCCACCUCCCAACGCAGUCUGGACAACCUCGAUGUGCUUUUGACGGCUUCUGCUGAAGCGCCUAAGGCCCCAGACAUCGAUGCGAGCAAUGCGGACGAUUCCUCACCCUCGAUCCAAGAGAAGGAGAAUCUGGUGACUUGCGCUCAGGAGAUACCCAAGUCUCCUCAUCUGGGGAAGGAUUUCUCACCCAGCGGCGAGCGGCUGCGGGACAGCAUGCGUGCCCGUCGCCGCCAGCGCUUUCUGGGUGCCCAGGAGGAGCGACGCAAUGUCACCCCGGAGACCCACUCAACGGAGCGGGCCCUGAAGCAGGCCCUGAAGAAGUGCCGUCCGUUUGGGGAGAAGGGCUACCUCGUCGACCUGCGUCCCGGCGCGGAGCUGCAGUUACACAACGUUCGCGACCUCAACAACUACUCGGAUUUAGACUCCAGCUGCGAUACGAGCCUCAAUUACCACGAGGUGAAUGCUCCUACUUCUACAUUGCCAGAGCCCAAGGAGGUGGCGAGCCAAGAUGCUAAGGUAGUGAUGGACCCCCCUCGACCCCCGGCCCCAGAGCCAGAGCACCGCAUGGCCAUCGAUGAUAUGCGUACGCGACUGCACCAGUGCCGCAGUAAGUUCGAGCACCUCGAGGAGGCGAGCCGUCGCAAUUUCAGCCAAUCGCAGAGCUCUAUGCGCAACUUCUUUAAGACGCCGCCGGUGGCCCUGAAGAUGUUUCAGAGGCUGGAGCACGAGGCAGCCGCCGCCGGCCUCAAUGGCAACUGUCCCCCACCGCCACCACGAACCCAGCGUAUUAAUCAGACGCCUAUAUUUGGGCGCCGCAAUCCGCUGCCAGCGCAACAGAACCAGGUCCAACAUGCCGAUUCCCUCGAGAAUCUGGCCACGAAUACGACCGGGCACGGCAAGCAGACACCGGCACUGGCACCCAAGCGAAGCAAGGCUGCCACCAGCAGCAGCCAGAACACCGGCCCCGCCGAGGUGCACGGAAUCUUGGCUGCAGCUCCGUCCGGGUCUCCGCUUUUGUUCCAUCGAGUGGCCAGCGACAGUAGUCCAGUAACGGUAGCUACAGCAGCUUCCCCGGCAGCCCCCCCGGAUUGGCUACCCAAGAAGCACAAAAUGACUCUCCCCCUGCCAACCCAACGGUCCAGCAACCAGCGCCAGCCUUUGGGCAGCCACAAGACAAAGCUGCCCAAAAGCCCCUUCAGUCGUUCGUAUGCACAGCCGGCACAAACUUCCCCCAGCCACUGCAAUGCAUCGGCAACGCGGCCCCGUCCGGGAUCACCCAGCAAGCAUUUGGCCCAAAGGCACACUGCGGCCACCGCCCAGCGCCUGAGCAACGUUGUUCCCGUUCACCAGCAGCAGCAGCAGCAUCAGCCAUCGUCGAAGACAACCCGUCUGAACAUCCUCAGUCCAGAGAGGGUGCAUCGUCUGGGGGCACGACUCAGCGACCAGAAACAGAAAAUGCGGGAGGAGGUAACAACGGCAGCGGCAACAGUUGGCGGUGGAGGAGCUGGAGGCGUAGCGGCCACAUUGGCGGAUGUCAGCAAUGGUCAUGGACGGUCCGGGUCGGCCGGUGGAGCAGGUGGUGCCGCCGGGGAGAGACGAAGAAGGCCACCGCCGCCACCGCCGGUGCGCAAUCAUUUCAAUACGCGCUGCUAGCUGUCACACACCUGUUAUACAGGGAGAGGCAUGUGGAGGCAUUGUAAGCCCUAGCUGUGAGAAAAUUCCGGUAAACUGUUAUAAACAGUAAGUCGGUUCCACUUUUAGCCACAGCCACAACAUAACUGGUCGAACUGUUAUACGCACAAGACACAAACACAAGCACAUACCAUACAACGCACAUUCCAACCGAAUCCAUAAAUCAAUCAACGAAAAGCGAAAGAGGGAAAGAUGAGAAGCGUAUAACAGUUAUUCUCAUUCAAAACUGAAAGCUGUUCCAUUAGAGCUCUUCGCCUUGGAAUGCAUACGAAUCAUAACGAAGGUUAAGUGCCUGCGCGAUAAAGCGAAACAAAUUCAAGAUGCAAUAUUUACAAAUUACUCGUUAUAAAAACAGUUAUAUAGUGUAAUAUAGAAUCGAAUAGAAACCCCCAAACAGAACACCUAAUGCUAGUGCUUAAGAUUUCGUAACAGGCUCCCCUCAUAUAUUAGGUUUAAGCUCAUGUAUCAUGUGAACCGAUUAGCGAGAAAGAGGAGAUGAAACGUAAACUUGUGCCAUGCCCAGUGAUAAAAUAUGAUGGAAUCCUGGGAUUGAGCGAUGUGCGAAAGAUAUAAUAUGUGCAAAUGUAUGUAUGUAUGUAUAUGGCGAAGAAAGACCCCACCCAACAAAAUGAAAAAAAGACAUUAAUGAAGUAAAUUUGUUUAGAAAAUUGUGGUUUAAAAGUGUCUUUAAAUACAUAUGUGUGUAAAUAUUGUACCAAACACUAAGAUAAUUUCAUAAAGCCACUAUGUAUGAUAUCUAUCCAUUCGUACAUACAUAUGUAUGUAUAUGUGUGUACUUUUUUUCCAUGUUAGUGCUUAAAUCUAAUUUAUUAUUUAUCGAUCGAUUCUCCAUGAACAAUAAUUAAUAGCAUUUUGUAUUGAGAAACAAAAGUCUAACUUGUAUUUAAUAUAAUAAUACUAUUAUGUAUGUAUGUAAAUACAUAAAUAUGUACUAUGUAUUCAUUUAAAUAUGUGUGUACAUAUGCGAACUCUUUUGCUCAAAGAAGGCAUCUUUAGAUGUUAAGCCACAUUGCACAUUGCUAACUGUUAUACACACACAUACCCAUCAUACAUACACACUACGUAAUGCUGUUCAAGGAAUAAGAAGGAACUGUUAUACUGCACUUGAUAUUUACAUUAUAAAACGCUUGCAAUUAAUAUAUGUAUGUAUAGCUUUAUUGCCAUAUGUGUACAUAUGACACCCGAGUUUGUUUGUGUUUGCUAUACGGUAUAACAAGUAUGAAAGCACGAUGAUCGUAAACGUUUCCAUUGUCAUACAUACACGUAUAACACACCCAACUGUUACAUGAUUGUUAUACAGUAUACCAGUCUUAGCUAGCACACGCUAAAAACAAUGAUUUCUAACGUGCAAGUUGCCAUAUAACACUUAAGUGCGUGAAAUGUACUGUUUUAUAGUAUAACAGUGGCUGCACAAAUACAUACUCGCGCCUCUCAAUGUUUUAACUAAAAACUUUAUCUAGUAUUUAAUGAAUAUA